AUGGCACUACCACCACCUCUACGAACAUCCGUCACACCCGCCGAGCUGGAGCUGAUAGCCUGCGAGCAGCUCGUCGACAUCAUCCCCCUUGUCGCAAUGGAACGAACUGCGUUCAUAUCUGGAGCCUAUGGACCACUGCGCCCGCCAGCAAAAUGCAAGGUGCCCAUAUGGAUGGCCACUAACCUGAAGCUCAAAAAGAAAUGCCACAUCGUCCCGCCGGACUGGCUCAAUGUCGACUUCUUGCAGGACAGACUGACUCGCGAAACCUCGCAGCCAGAGUUCAGUGAACUGCCGUUCCGUUUCGCAGAAGUAGCGAAGGUCAUAUUGGACGUUGCGUCAGACGACAUCUCAAACCCUGAGAAGGUCCGCUCGUUACUGCAAGACAUCCGUGAGGCUCGUCAAGCUAAGAGCCGGGAUGGUGUUUCAAAACUCGACCACAGCGAGCUCAGUCUUCCCAAUCUUUGUGCCAUGGAGAUCAACGAAAUCCGACCAUUCUUCGUGCGCUCGAUGGGUGUCUUGACACAACUCGUACGGCAACCCGAUCCCGGGCGAAUGGACCAGAUGGAAUGA